AUGCUGCAUUGCACAGUGCCAGAUGCUGGUGCUGCUGAGGCAGUUCUACUGGCUGAGAUUGGACCGGAGGCAGUUCAGGUGCUUCGACCGUACUAUUCAGCUCUCGUGGGUGUAGCUGAUCUGGCACGUACAGCUGGAGGCCAACAGUUGAGAUCGUUGCUCCGCCACAUUGGCGAGUUAACUUGUAAAGUUGCCGCAUUGGAGGAUUCAUGUCAGCAUUGGAAAGCGGUGUGCGAUCGGUUCCAGAAGCAGCUGGCGCAGGUCAACUUCGCCCAUGCGGCCGCCAGGCAAGCAGCUGAUGGGCAGCGAGUGCGCUCAGAUGCUUUGCAGGCACGGCUCGCCGACAUGACGAAGGAGCAUCAG